AUGUCCCGGAUCCCUACGUCAGAGUACGAUGCCGUGGUGAAGACGGUGCAGACCUAUGUCGACGGCCUCGCCGCCGGCGACAACGACAUCCUACGCAAGGCCUUCCACAAGGACGCGACCAUGUACGGGUUCACAGCAGACAAGAACCUCCUCGGUGGGCCGAUCGAUAACUUGUAUGGUUAUGUCGACACGGUCGGCAAGGCGCCAGAAAUCAAGGUGCGCCUGGAUGUGCUUGGGAUCACCCCGACCACAGCUGUGGUCAAGGUCGAGAUGCCUACCAGAGGGAAGGGGGGGUUUUGUUUAGGUCACGCAAUGCAAUCAUGCUUUAACGUUUAA